AUGUCACCACAACCCGCUGCACUCCACGCUGUCAGCACCGUACAGGUCUCACAUCACCACAGCCUGCUGCACUACACGCUGUCAGCACCGUCUGCAUCCGACGUCACCACAGCCCGCUGGAAUCUACGUUGUCAGCACCGCCCGGGUCUGACUUCACCACAGCCCGCUGCACUCCACGCUGUCAGCACCAUCCGCGUCCGACGUCACCACAGCCCGCUGGACACCACGCUGUCAGCACCGUCCGCGUCCGAUGUCUUCACAGCCCACAGGACUCCACACUGUCAGCACCAUCCGCGUCCGACGUCACCACAGCCAGCUGCACUCCAUGCUGCCAUCACCGUCCGCGUCCAACUUCACCACAGCACGCUGCACUCCACGCUUCACCACAGCCCGCUGCACUCCACGCUGUCAGCACUGUCCGCGUCCGACGUCUUCACAGCCCACAGGACUCCACACUGUCAGCACCGCCCUCGUCCGACGUUACCACAGCCCGCUGCACUCCAAGCUGUGAGCGCCAUCGGUGACCGACGUCACAACAGCACGCUGCGCUCCACGCGCCCGCAGCACUCCACGCUGUCAGCACAGUCCGUGUCCGACGUAACCACAGCCUGCUGGACUCCUCGCUGUCAGCACCUUCCGGGUCUGACAUCACCACAGCCCGCUGCACUCCACGCAGUCAGCACCGUGCGCGUCCGACGUCACCAAAUCCCGCUGGACUCCACGCUGUCAGCACCGUCCAUGUCCGACGUCACCACAGCACGCUGCACUUCACGCUGUCAGCACCGUCCACGUCUGACGUCACAACAGCCCACUGCACUCCACGCUGUGAGCAUUGCCCGCGUACAACGUCGCCACAGCCUGGUGCACUCCACGCUGUCAGCACCGUCCGUGUCUGACGUCACCACAGCCGGCUCGAUUCCACGCUGUCAGCACCGUCCGUGUCCGACGUCACCACUGAAUGCAGCAGUCCACGCUGUGAGCAUCGUUCAUGUCCGACGUCACCACACCCCGCUGCACUCCAUGCUGUCAGCACUGACUCCGUCCGACAUCACCACAGCCUGCAGCACUCCACGCUGUGAGCACCGUCCGUGUCCGAGGUUCCCACAGCCCGCUGCACUCCACUCUGUCAUCACCGUCCGCUUCCGACGUCACCACAGCCGCCUGGACUCCACGCUGUCAGCACCGUCCAUGUCCGACGUCACCACAGCCCGCUGCAAUCCACGCUGUGAGCGCCAUCGCCCGCAGCACUCCACGCUGUCAGCACAGUCCGUGUCCGACGUAACCACAGCCUGCUGGACUCCUCGCUGUCAGCACCUUCCGGGUCUGACAUCACCACAGCCCGCUGCACUCCACGCAGUCAGCACCGUGCGCGUCCGACGUCACCAAAUCCCGCUGGACUCCACGCUGUCAGCACCGUCCAUGUCCGACGUCACCACAGCCCGCUGCUGUUUACGAUGUGUGCACCGUUCGCGUCCGACGUCACCACAGCCCGCUGCAUUCCACGCUGUCAGCACCGUCCGUGUCCGAAGUCACCACAGCCUGCUGGACUCCACGCUGUCAGCACAGUCCGUGUCCGACGUAACCACAGCCUGCUGGACUCCUCGCUGUCAGCACCUUCCGGGUCUGACAUCACCACAGCCCGCUGCACUCCACGCAGUCAGCACCGUCUGCGUCCGACGUCACCACAGCCCGCUGGACUCUACGCUGUCAGCACCGCACGGGUCUGACUUCACCACAGCCGGCUGCACUCCACGCUGUCAGCACCGUCCGCCUCCGACGUCACCACAGCCCGCUGGACUCCACGCUGUCAGCACCGUCUGCGUCCGACGUCACCACAGCCCGCUGGACUCUACGCUGUCAGCACCGCACGGGUCUGACUUCACCACAGCCCGCUGCACUCCACGCCGUCAGCACCGUCCGCGUCUGACGUCACCACUGCCUGCAGCAGUCCACACUGUGAGCAUCGUCCAUGUCCGACGUCACCACAGCCCGCUGCACUCCACGGUGUCAGCACCGUCCCCGUUGACAUCACCACAGCCUGCAGCACUCCACGCUGUGAGCACCGUCGUGUCCGACAUCAUCACAGCCCGCUGCACUCCACUCUGUCAUCACCGUCCGCUUCCGACGUCAACACAGCCCCGUGGACUCCACGCUGUCAGCACCGUCCGUGUCCGACGUCACCACAGCCCGCUGCAAUCCACGCUGUCAGCACAGUCCGCGUCCGAUGUCACCACAGCCCGUUGCUCUCCACGCUGUCAGCACCGUCCAUGUCCGACGUCAACACAGACCGCUGCACUCCACGCUGUGAGCACCGCCCGCGUCCGACGUCACCACAGCCCGCCGCACUACACGCUGUCAGCACCGUCCGUGUCCGACGUCACCGCAGCUUGCUGGACUCCACUCCGUCAGCGCCGUUUGUGUCCGACGUCACCACAGCCCGCUGCACUCCACGCUGUCAGCACCGUCCGCGUCCGACGUCUUCACAGCCCUCAGGACUCCACACUGUCAGCACCGUCCGCGUCCGACGUCACCACAGCCAGCAGCACUCCACGCUCCCGCUGCACUCCACGCUGUCAGCACCGUACGGUUCUCACAUCACCACAGCCCGCUGCACACCACGCUGUCAGCACCGCCUGCGUCCGACGUCACCACAGCCCGGUGGACUCCUCGCUGUCAGCACCGUCCGCGUCCGACGUCACCAUAGCCUGCAGCACUCCACGCUGUGAGCACCGUCAGUGUACGACUUCACCACAGCCCGCUGGACUAAACAAUUUUUGCACCGUUAGUGUCCGACAGCACCACUGCCCGCUGCACUCGAUGCUGUCAGCACCGUCCGUGCCCGACGUCACCACAGCCAGCAGCACUCCACGCUGUGAGCAUUGUCAGUGUCCAACGUCACCACAGCCCGCUGCACCCCAUGCUGUCAGCACCGUCCGCUUCCGACGCCACCACAGCCCGCUGGACUCCAAUCUGUCACCAACGUCCGCUACCGACGUCAACACAGCCCACUGGACUCCACGCUGCCAGCACCGACCACGUCCGACGUCACCACAGACCGCUGCACUCUACGUAGUCAGCGCCUUCCGUAUCCGACGUCACCACAGCCCGCUGGACUCCAGGCUGUCAGCACCGUCCUCGUUUGACGUCACCACAGCCCGCUGGUCUCUACGCUGUCAGCACCGCCCGGGUCUGACUGCACUACAGCCCGCUGCACUCCACGCUGUGAGCACCGCCCGCGUUCGACGUGACCACAGCCCGGCGCACUACACGCUGUCAGCACCGUCCGUGUCCGGCGUCACCGCAGCUUGCCGGACUCGACCCUGUCAGCGCCGACUGUGUCCGACGUCACCACAGCCCGCUGCACCCCAUGCUGUCAGCACCGUCCGCUUCCGACGCCACCACAGCCCGCUGGACUCCAAUCUGUCACCAACGUCCGCUUCCGACGUCAACACAGCCCACUGGACUCCACGCUGCCAGCACCGUCCACGUCCGACGUCACCACAGACCGCUGCACUCUACGUUGUCAGCGCCUUCCGUAUCCGACGUCACCACAGCCCGCUGGACUCCAGGCUGUCAGCACCGUCCUCGUUUGACGUCACCACAGCCCGCUGGUCUCUACGCCCGGGUCUGACUGCACUACAGCCCACUGCACUCCACACUGUGUGCACCGUCCGUGUCUGA